GUGAGUAAUCAAUAAAUUUUGGUAAAUGAAAUAGGCUUAUACUUGACUCGCUUACAAAAAAUACAGCAUUUCCGGUUUGGGAGUAACGGCAGCUUCUACGUAGUUAGAUGGCAGAUCAACAAGAAGAUAUCUACAGAUUUUGGACAAUCUUGUAACAUUUGCCGAUGCGUAGCCUAUUUUCAUCAGAGCGUAGGGCCACAUCGUUUUUGUGUAUAGGAAAUGUUAAAUUUCAUAUACACACCUGUGAACAUAUAUUUUCCAUAAAAAGGAUUUAAUUAUUUAUCAAAUGUGAGUGGCUUUUCUGUCGUUCAAAAAAGCCGAAGUAUACAUAUUUUUUCUACAAUUUCUGAUCGAGAACGAUUGUCUGUUCAUUAGUUACUAUUAUUCAUUUAUCAAAUUACUCCUAUAUAAUUUUACAUAUAUUUCAUAGAGGGUAUAAUAAAAGAUAGAAGAGAUUAAUACGAAGAUAUUUAAGGCUAAAAUAAGGUGAAAAGAAAUAAUGUAUUAGUGAUACAAGUUGAGGUUUUCUUGGGAUUGCCUGGUUUUUACAAUAGAAAUUGCAUGCAAGCUAUCGACUAUAUUUUGAACAUGAACAAGUGAUAAUUUGAUAUUAUUUAAAGUAUUAUUAAAAGUGUUAGUGAUUGCAUAAUCCUAAAAAAGAAACAAUUUUGGUAAAUUUUUAAUGUAGCACAAAUGGACAAUCAUGGUGUGCUAUAAAUAGCAGUUGCUCGGUGAUGUCAAGUGAAAGGGGUGGGGUUGCUUCGGAUAUUGGUCGACGAGAAAGAAAAUUCAAAACGCGUGCGUGAUUGGUUGGUUGUGUAACCAUCUUGGGUGGGACAUGCGCGAAGGUAUUGCGCAGAAGAAGACUCGCCAGUUGACCAUCGAGUGAUCGCCGUUGACUAAGAAGCUUAUAUCUUAGAUUAAUAGUUCUCCUAUUUGUAGCUUCUGUUGCUUAAUUUCUGUAUUUCAAGUUACCUCUUAUUAGGAAAUGAAUAUAAAUAUUGAAACCAUAAUUGAAAUAGAAAAGAUUUGAUAUAAAAAUCCUUUUAAUUGGUAUUUGCGAUUUCGUGAUAUAGAUGAUUCCUAUAGAAAUGAAAAGACAAUGAGAGGGUAGAAAAGCAAAUUAGAAAUAUUACAUUUUGCGAAUAAUUAUUGGUGGAGAUAUAUUUAGACAUAGGUAAUAAUCUUUGACAAAAUAAUUUCGUAUUCGUAGAUAGAAAAAUCUGUUAGCUGUAUUUUACGUGCGUGAAAAAGAUUCAACAAUAUGGCGGUAUUUACGUCAUGAUCCUAUGUUUGUACUUCAAUAUGCGUUAAAUCAUCAAGAAUAUCAUCAAAAUGCCACGUAUAGAUCCUCUAUCUUUAUUGAAAUGUCUUAGUGUCUUAUUGGGGCCAACUGGAGGUAUUAAAAGUAAAGAAGAAGUUCACCGGUUGGCUAAUUUAAUGACAAAAUUCUCAAAGAAACUUGUUUCAAAAUGCAUUUACAUACAAAUAUUAAAAACUACAAAUACUGAUUUACUUAGCCAAUUUAUGGGGGCUGGAGGAUGGAAUCUCAUUCAUAUGUGGCUUACAGAUGGGAUUCUUGCAAAAAAUUGGGCUUUAAUUCAAGAACUCUUAGAACUUUUGUUGUUAUGCCCAGUAGAUAUAGAAAGAUUGAAAAGCAACAAUUGUCCUAAAUUAAUAAAAGGUCUAUCAAAAGAAGGUAGUCAUCAAGGUGUUAGAGUAUUAGCUAGUCGAUUGGUUGAGCAGUGGUUAAAAAUAGUGAAAGGGGAAGCUGCACCAAAUUCUGUGCCAGCACAAAUCAUGACUAUUCCAGCACAAACUACUGGAGUUUUAGGGCAAACUUUGGUACCUCAAUCAACACAACAGUAUUCCAUUCAUUGUGGUAUCCAACAAGUCUCUGAUGGUACGGAAAAUGCAACAGUUCAAGUGCAAGAUUUGCAAUUUAUUCCAAAUUCCACAUCAACUAUUGCAGUAUCCCACAUUCACCAGCAACAACAACAGCAGCAGCAGCAACAACAAUCACAAGACCAGCAACAGGUCCAGGAGAGGACAACUGUGCAACCAUUACAAUUGCAAGUUGUUAGUAAACCGCAGCAAAUGCAAAUACAACAACAAUUGUCAACCCAGCAAUCAAAAAAGCCAGCUUUUGUUGUGGUAUCUGCAUCUUCACAAUCUCCAGUUCCUGUGUAUAAAAUUACAAUUCGUGAAGGCAAACAGAUCCUUACAAAAGUGGAGACAGAUGCUACAAAUAUUAAUAGUGUUUUAAAUACAAAUAGUACAAAUGUAGAGGUUAAUGGAGAUGUUGUGGAAGAUGCUCUUCCUGUGAAACAAACUCCCGAGGAAGUAGUAUCUGCAGAACUUAGUGGUGGUGUAGUCAGUGGUCAAGAUUGUGAAAAGGACAUUGCACAAUCUGAAAAAUUAGACCAAGUUUCAAGUGAAGUGAAACAAACUGUAGUAGAUUCCACAGAUAGCCCUGAUGUGGAUGUUAAAAGUAAAGAAAGCAAAGACAUUAAAGACCUUAAAGACAAUAGUAAUAGUGAAAGUAGUAAAUCUAGUAAUAAAGAAAAUCGGGACUCUUCUAAGAAAGAUGAGAAAAAGUCUAGUAGUUCAGAUAAGAAGAAUCACCAUAGCUCAUCUUCAUCCUCCAAAAGUUCUUCUAAACAUACCUCAAGUUCCAGUUCACAUCGUUCUAGUUCCAUAUCUUACAAAUCUAGUAGUCAUCGCUCUAGUUCUAGUAGUAGUAGUUCAAAAAGUUCUAGUUCCAAGGAUAAGUCUUCCAAGGACAAGGAAAAACAUCACUCAUCCAAUUCAUCCAGUAAACAUAGUUCUAGUAAGGGUAAAUCUGAUAAAGAGCGAGAAAAGGAGAAACAGAAAAAGGAUCAGGCAGAAAAGGACAAAGCAACAUUAGAAAAGGUUCAAGGGCAGGCACUGAGUUCAAAAUUUGGAAAAAUACCCAAAAAGAAGUUGGAAGAAGAAAAAUCUGGGGAUGUAGUUGUAAGGAAGUCAUCAACAGACUCUCGAGAUAGUUCUAAAGAAAAUAAGACUGAUUCAAAGAAAGCUGUCGUAAUGCCAGAGAAGAAGAAUAUUUCUAUUUCCAUUGAAAGUAGAAAAAAUUCUCAAGAUUCCACAACACGGCCGAAGACUGUGAAAACAUUUAACUCUAAAUUCAGAUCAACAGGUUUGGAAGAAGAAGUAAAACCACCACCACCAAGAUCAGCAAAGAAACCACCCGUCAUUGACAAAAAGGUCAUACCACAGAAAUUACCUGCCUUGAAAAGGCCAUCCCCACUUAGAGAAGCUAUUCCAUCAACAGAUAAACGAGCAAAAUUAUCAUUGGAUUCACCAACUACACCCCCAAGUGAAGAAAAGAAGGGAGGCAUCAAAUUAAUACCACCUAAACCAAAACCAAUGGUUUUACAAGAAAGCGAUAUGUUUAUGGAUGCUUUAACGGCGUCGACGAAGAGUAAAGAACCAAGGAAGAGAAAGCGAAGAACAUCUAUCACGAAGGACGGUCCCACAGAAGCCAAGAAACAAGAAACUGCCAGUAAUGAUAAUCGUGAUGUUACACCUCCACCGACCUCACCACCAAGUGCCGAUGAAAAAUCACCCGUAGUUGUCAAGCCUAACUUUAAGUUUUAUCAAGAUACGUUAGAAACAGAUGAAGAUAAAGAGCAAAAGGAGAGGGAGAAUUCAGAUGAAGAUGUGAAGAAAGAUAAAGAAGAAAUUCUGGACGAUCAGAAAGAAAACAGAAUAUUCAAAUCGGAUGUUGAUGAUGACGCUAGAAGUAGCACACCAACACCGGACGAUGACGUAGAAGAGAAGACAUCCGAUUCCCCGGAAGACACAUCUUCCCUAUCUGAAUCGAUGAAAAAGGAAAAUAUCGGUUCUUAUCCAGAAAUACGAUACGUUGAUGGUCUGAGAAGCGUUUUAUUGCUUCAAAAACGCAAAGGACCGAAGAAAACAUUAAAAUGGAAAACAGAUCUAGAAUCGGUGCGUUAUUUCGAGUUGGAUGAAACAGAAAGGGUAAACGUUACAAAAACGUUUACCGAUAUGAAACAAAUGGAAAAACAAAAUGAAAGAGAAGCAUUCCAAAUGGCCAGAAAAUUGAGUAAUGAAGACUUAAUGGAAGAAAGAACAAGAUGGAAGCCCUUGAUUCCAAUUGAUUUACCGCCACCUUUAGUAGAGCCUGGGAAAGACAGUAGAGAAAAAGAUAUUCAAUAUGCCAGAGAGAAAGGAAUUUUACAAGCACUAUACUUCAACCGAAGCAUGAUUCCAGACUCUGCGGCAGAACCCGAUGAGGAACGGCAUCAUGUAUAUAGUGAGCCUAAAAUCAUUCCUUUGGAUGAUCUUACGGGAAAUAAGGAAAGCGAGAAAGAUUUCACGUCCCUGCCUUGGCCAGAACCAAAACCUCAGUUGCAACCACAAACACCGGCAGUUUCAAAUUUCCAUUAUCCUACAUUUCCACAUAAUCAACAGCCAGUAAUGGCACCUAUGGGUCCUCAAACUUCAAUGGGUCCAAUGCCACAAAUGUCUCAACAAAUGAUGGGACCUUCUCAUAUGGGUCCAAUGGGUCCGGAAAUAGGAGGUCCAUUGACUGCUGGAGGAGGAGGUGGCUGGAGAACUGGAGAUGGAAAAGUUGUUGUACCUGAUGGAAUGGGAAUGAAUCCAAUGGGAAAUAUGCCAAAUGCAUUUCCACCAGGUAUGGAAGGUGGUCCAAUGGUACCACCUGGAAUGAUGGGGCCACCACCUAUGUAUAAUCAACAACAAGAAGGUUAUGGUAUGAUGGGUCCAGAAGAUAUGGGAUUCAAUAAUAUGAAUCCAAACAACUUCCAAGGCCCUCCUGGCCCUUUAUACGGCCCUGGACCUAACUUUCAAGGUCCUAGAGGCGCCGGUCCAAUACAUGGUAGAGGUAGAGGCGUUCCUGGACCUGGCUGGUAUAGAGGUGGUGGGGGGCCGCCAGGAAGAGGCGGUUGGAGGGGCGGUGGUGGUGGAUGGAGGGGAAACGGGAAACAACCACCCGUAUGCAGACAAUUUUCAAAAAACGGUUAUUGUCGUGUCGGUGACAAAUGCCAAUAUCUACAUCCCGGAGUGAACUGUCCACCAUUUUGAAAGAAAUUAACAUAAUUAUUUAUUUGAAAUUUCUGCAGUAGCACGAUAUAAAUGUUCAUUCUAUUUGAAAUGAAUCAAUGGAACUGAACGAUCCUGAAAUUUUUAAAUCGUGCUAGAUACCGGCUCACAUUAGCUACAAGGAUGAAUAAUAAUGUGCAAUUUUUUAUUAACGAUACAAAGAAUUAAGCACAUAAUAUUUAUACAGUUAUAUUUUCACAAGAUUUAAAUGAUAUUUGGUAAUUUUCAAUUUAUUUGCAUCACAUUAUGCUAAAGAUAAAUAUUAUAGAAAGAAUACGUGAUAAAUUUAUUUUUCGUAAAUUAUUCCCGCAGAAUUUCAAGUAUGGAAACUGUCAUUUUAAAUUUAAAAUGACAAUAAAAAAGAGAACAAUAGGUUCAUCAGCUGCUGGACAGCAAGAGGUUCCUAUACAUCAAUUUUUAUUAUGAUUUCGAAUAGGAGUUUUUAAAAAACUCUGAAAAUAUGUCAGAACUAUUUUUAUUGGUGUAUUUUCAGAAUAUAAUGAAAAUUGGGACACGUUAUGUAAAAUGAACUCUCGAUUAUGUCUUCCCUUUACGUUCACGGUUUACAGAUAGCCACUGCCGAAAGAAUGAUUGGUAUAAUCAAAGAAAUGGGAUUUUGCAAGUUUUAAUCUUAUUGGCAUGACAAAUAGUGAUUUCAAAGUAUGACGCUAGUAAGCAGGAAGUGCAGAUUCCAAUUUGAGAAGCAUUUGUCUUUCACGAUUACCAGUUGGAUGUUUAAUCGCUUUCUACUAAUGAAUAUAUGUAAUUAAACUGCUGUUAAAACGAAUUAAACGUAAUAUACCAUGGAACAUUAUAACACCAAAAGUUCAAAUAACGGUUUAAAUAACUUUUUAUUAAAUGAAGAUAUCUUACAUUUAAUCGUAUAUGUAGAUUGAUUGUAAAUAUCAUAAUUGUAUCAUUUUGUAUAAAGUGUUGCUAGUUCUAAUAACAAGAGACUGUUUUAGGCUUAAAUGGUAUGUAAUAAUAUUAAAAAGCAACAAUUUUUAGUAAAAAUGUGUAUGUAUGAUUUAAAGUAGUUAAAUUCAAAGAGAUCUAAUAUUCAUAGAGUACAUUUUCACUUAUAAAUUUGGUCAUGUGCUCCAUGAAAUAGAUCACUGAUAUACUAUUGUUGUAUUAAAUAUUUUUUAUGAAUUAAAGGUAGUGGUUAUUUUUUUGUAUAUGAUUGAUCAUUAUGUUUGUAUAUAACAUUGUUGUAUAAGAGCUGCUUGAUGGAAUACAUGAGUCAUACCUAUUUUC